GCGCUGCCCGGCCCUUUUUUUUUUUUUUUUUCUUCUUCUUCUUUCACGUGUCCCCCAGCCGGGCCCGCAGGACUCCUCUCCUGGCAGCGGCGGCCGCGGGUGCAGAGUCCGAGCUGCGGCGGCGCGAGUCAUGGCUGGACAGGCUUUCAGAAAGUUUCUCCCGCUCUUUGACAGAGUACUGGUUGAAAGGAGUGCCGCCGAAACCGUGACCAAAGGUGGCAUCAUGCUUCCGGAAAAGUCUCAAGGAAAAGUAUUGCAAGCCACAGUGGUGGCUGUGGGAUCAGGCGCCAAAGGCAAGGAUUUCUAUAAUUGGCCUGAUGAAUCAUUUGAUGAAAUGGACAGUACACUUGCUGUUCAACAGUAUAUUCAGCAGAAUAUAAGGGCAGACUGCUCCAAUAUUGACAAAAUUCUUGAACCACCUGAAGGCCAAGAUGAAGGUGUAUGGAAGUAUGAACAUUUAAGGCAAUUCUGUCUUGAACUAAAUGGACUUGCUGUCAAACUUCAGAGUGAAUGCCAUCCAGAUACGUGUACUCAAAUGACAGCAACUGAACAGUGGAUUUUUCUUUGUGCAGCUCAUAAAACUCCAAAAGAGUGUCCUGCUAUAGAUUACACAAGACACACGCUUGAUGGUGCUGCAUGUCUUCUGAAUAGCAAUAAAUAUUUUCCCAGCAGGGUUAGCAUAAAAGAAUCAUCUGUAGCAAAACUAGGGUCAGUGUGCCGUAGGAUUUAUAGAAUAUUUUCACAUGCCUAUUUUCAUCACCGGCAGAUAUUUGAUGAAUAUGAAAAUGAAACAUUUUUAUGUCAUCGGUUUACUAAAUUUGUGAUGAAAUAUAAUUUGAUGUCAAAGGAUAACCUGAUUGUACCAAUUUUAGAAGAGGAAGUUCAGAAUUCAGUUUCUGGAGAAAGUGAAGCAUGAAGGGAGUUGUGUAGAACAAUGUACUGAUCACAUAAUUAACAAUUAUGUACUGUAUAUAUAUCAUUUUAGACACGUCAAUCAUGUAUCCAUAGUAUAGCUUAUUUGUUUAGGAUAGGUUUUUGUAUGCUAUGUGUUGCCUUUUAAAAUGGGAAAUACAUUUUAAGUUAUUCAUGAGCUGUAUAUUCACUGGUGUGGCACUCAUGGUUUUUAAAUAAGUUUAGUAUUAUCUGUUUAUAAUGCUUGUUAAUAAAAGAAUUUACAGUUUGGUAAAAUUGCUGCUAAACAAUCAUUGGAUCACAAUCCUUUCAAAUCUAUAAGAGUGAGCUUGGGUUUCACACAAGCCAUUUACUAAAGAGAUAUUUUCUUUAGUUUCACCCUGUAAGUUUUGAUAUUUUAGAAAAUUCAGUAGUAUUCCAUCUGUACUGCUAACUUUUCCAAAAUGAGAUAAAAGUGUUUAAAAGGUCUAUUUAUAAUUUUUGAUAUGCAUAACCAAUUAUGUAUAUGUUCAGAGAAAUGCAAGGAGGUGUUAGUAAUACUUAAAUAAUCUCACUCUGCUACAUAAAGUAUAUUCUAGGUCAGUGUACUUGGAAACAUUAUCUUUUUUUGUGACAGUAGAUUGUCGAAUAGCUGGUGAUGAUGAUAAGGCACAUACAUGAUGUUCCCAUGGACACCUGCCCCUGGUGAUAAUAAGGCACAUACAUGAUGUUCCCAUGGUUACCUACCCCUUCUUGUUUCCCUUGGUCCUUUCCCUAAACUAUAUUAGUCAAGACAUUUAUUUACCAACCUAUGGUUAGUGGUGGCUUCUCCCUAUUUAUAUUCGUAUUAAUUGCUUACAGAGCAUACCUCAUACUAGCAAGUGACGUUACACUACAGGAAGUCUGUACUGCAGAGGCUCCUGCCUACCUUUGUUUUGGGAAAUUGUUGUAACUACUUAGAAAAUAGUCCUGAAUAUAGUUUGGUUCUUCCUGUUAGUAAUAUUAAUCUUUUCAUCUAACUCUAGGCAGCAUUAAAUACAUAUGGAAAAGAGUGUAUUUAUUUUAUUCUCCCUCCAGAAGCUUAUUGUUUGAACUAUAUGCACAUAUAAGAUUAUUUAUAAUAAUUCACAGGUUCCAGUGGUGUUGAUGAAUUGUCAUACUUUUUGAUUUCUUCUGUCUUAAAAAUUUAAGUGCAGAUUUAGUGCAACGUAUUUGGUGAAGUUCUCCUAACAUGCUGGGGUCUCAGUGCCACGCUGUGAUGGCAGUAAGACGGGAUGGGACUGGGCCUCAGUUGGGACAGUUGGAGCCAGCCAUUUCUACUGACUUGACAACGAGGAACUUCUUUUUUUAAGUUAUUUUCAAAUGAAAUUGAAAAAUGCAUUCAUCUUGUUUGUUUUUCUAGUUAUUUGAAGAAAUGGUUUAUAUUAUGAGACAAGUGUGCACAGAACAGUGUGGGAAAUGACAGCAUACUGAGAGUGUACAGUUGAUGCCUGUCCCAGCCUGCCCUGUGCCUGCGGUCACGGUCACCACUGCACCGUAGUCUGCAACUGUCCUUGAAGUUUUAUGUUCACAGUGACUAGAACAUCGACUGAAAUCAGGUGUUUAUAUUACUGUUACCAUAACCACUGGGGUUAGUAAUUUUUAAAAAAACGGGGUAAAUAUCUGAGAGACUGGAUAAGGUCAUAAAUUAUAUGUAGCAAUGUUGCUGUUCUCCAGUUGGGAGCCUCAUAGUGAUUUCUGUCACUUGACUAUUUCUCAGUGAACAUUUAAGGUAGUGACUGGGCUGUAGAUCUGACUGAGUAAUUGGAACACUUUGUGAAUAUAUGGCUUAGUGUUAACAGGAAAAUAAAGUAUGGUUUUUUUCCUACUCA